UGGGUCUUUCUUUUUCUGACAGAGUGCAGAGUGACGUCCAUCCUUUGUCCUGCAUUGUGCCUUCCUGAAGAGAAAAAUGGCUUCAGAAGAGCCAGCUCAGAGACCUGUGACCUUUGAGGAUGUGGCCGUGUAUUUCACAGAGGGACAGGGAAAUCUGCUGGAUCCAGAUCAGCGAACCAUGUACAAGGAAGUCAUGAUGGAGAAUUAUGGGAAUGUGUCCUCCUUUGGUCAUUUGGUCUCCAAGCCGGAUCUCAUCUCCCAGCUGGAACGAGGAGAAAAUCCAUGGGUGCCAGAUUCCCUGGGUGUCAGUGUAAUGGAGAUCUCUGGCAGCACCUCAGGUGAGGGGUUCUGGUAA